AUUAUUGGGGGAAUUCUCCCAAAAGGAAUUCAUACUCUGAAAAUGAGGAAAAAGUAUUUACAACAGUAUUUUUGUAAUAUUUACAUAUACUUUAAUGUACCAAUGACUAUUACAAUAGUAUUAUAUAAACACAUUUGAUUCCCCACCACCUACCGCUAACGUGUAUCGAUAAUCGGUUUUCAAAGUAGCUGCGAAUCUUUUGCAUAAAAAUAAACAAUUUAAUUGCUGCAUAUCUCGGUCGUUGUGUAUAUACGCAUACAUGCUAUAUAUACGCAUCGGAUUCGAUAUGAACUUGGGGCACAUACAGCCAGCCGAACAAUUAUUUACUGCAUUGUAAAUAAACAACAAAUAACAACAAAUCGCACGCAGAAAUCGGACGAAGUCGCGAAAAAAAAAGAAACGCGGAGGUUUGGGCUCGUAACCACACAAUUUCGCUUCUCACUCGAUUUCUGAUCGCUGGCCGGACGCGAUCUCCAUUCCAAUUGUGAAAAUUUGCCUCAUUCUUCCGCCGAUUUUCCGCUUAAACCGAUCUAGUACGUAAGCCACUUAUUCCGCCGUAAAGCCACGACCAUGCCCGCGACCGCCCCAAAUCGCCAGCCGGAGCCGAAGUUUCCGGCCGCAAUGCCCCGUGGAGCGGGCACGGUGUGCUCCAAUCCGGCGGUGCCCAAGUCGCCGGAUGCACUCUCCUCCUUGGUGGCCCGGAAGAGCAUUACGUCCAUGUCGGAGGAGGAGAUCAUCCAGGAGAAUCUCAACGAGAUCCUCGACCUCAAGUCGCGCGAGGAGCGAAAAGCCAAUGGACGCCUGGUGGCCGUGAUCGUCUGUUUUCUGGUGCUCUUCCUGGCCGUCUACCAUGCCUGCGUCCGGAAGUCGGAGAACUCGCUGGCUGGCGUCCUGGUACCGGCGGGCAUCAUGCUCUCCUACGGCGCUUGGGUGGUCGUUCUGGCCAAGAGGGACAAGCGCAGGCGAGCCAUGUUUGAGCGGCACAUCGAGGAGGUGACGCUGAAGAACAAGAUCGAGCUGGAGGAGAAGCACGCGCGCCACGCGAAGAAGGCGCAGUUGCAGCAUGGACACUCGGGCACAGAUUCCACGGGCAGUGCCUCUAGCUCGCUGCACUAUGUGAACGAGCUGCUGUCGACUGGUGGUGGUGAGCACCGCAAGAAGCAGCGACGCCAUCGCCACAAGGAGCGCUCCGUGGAGCAGGAGGAGCACCAUCAACGUACCCAUCAGCGCCCACAGGCGCCCGACAUCGGUGUGCAUCGUGGGGCGCCCAAGAGGCCCAGUUUCCGGCAGAAGCUCUUCGGCCAGACCAUCGCCCAUGUCAAGCUGGUGGAGGCACAGAGCGACAGCGCGGACUCUGCUGGCGGUCCGGGUCCGGGUCCGGGUCCAGGUCCGGGUUCGAAGCCAGGUCGCAGUACAGGCUGCGGUCCACCGUCCACCGCUGGUGGCAGGCCCCAUCCCGGCAAGGAACGCCAGCCCCUGUCGCAGGUGGUGCGUGUCAGCUCGAUUCCGUGAGGAAUACCCAUUCGUUGGCUGUAUAGAUGUACAUAUGCAUGUGGAA